AAUCUUGUGCAAGUCACAAACAACUUGCCUCGUUUCCAGUUGCCAGCUGCCGUCUAUAAAAGAGAGCCAUAAAAUGAACAUUUAGGCCAAGAAAGUAAAGAAAGAAAUAUGGGAGAGGUGAAGCUUUUCUGGACAUGGACAAGCCCAUAUGCUCAGAGGAUUGUUUGGGCACUCAAACUGAAAGGCAUAGAGUACGAAACAAUGUUUGAAGAUCUUGCGAACAAGAGUCGUUUACUACUCGAAUACAAUCCUGUUCACAAGAAAGUCCCGGUUUUGUUGCAUGAUGGAGCACCUAUAUGCGAGUCGCUUGUGAUUCUCGAGUAUGUUGACGAUAAAUGGAACACAACUGCUCGCUUGUUACCUGACGAUCCGCUUGCCAGAGCCACCACACGUUUCUGGGCAAAGUUUUGUGAUGACCAGGUCCUAGCAUCGGUAUUCAAAGCAUUUGUAACCCAAGGGGUGGAGCAAGAAAAGGCAACGGCUUAUACCAUAGAGAAGCUAGACAUCGUUGAAAAACAGCUGACCGGAGAUAAAUUCUUCAGCGGAGAAACAAUAGGAUUCUUAGAUCUCGUGUUUGGAUGGAUAGCCGUUUAUCUUGAAGUCGUUGAAGAAACAAGUGGUAUAAAAAUCUUAGACAAAGAGCGGUUUCCUCUUAUAUCAGCGUGGAAGGAACGGUUUUCUCAUGUCCCCGUAAUUGAAGAAACCUUGCCCGAUAGAGAGACGCUGAUUAGCAAGUACCAGCGUAUGCGCUCGUAUUUCCUCUCCAAAGCUUCAGCUAAGAAGUAAACGAUUUCAUGAAAGUUACUAGAAACAUUGAAACACUCAAUAAUAAGUUCUCGUCUUUGUUGUUGAUUUAAAUUCUUGUUUCAAGACUUGGAUGUAGUUGGAUAGUUUAAACAAAUAAAAACUCUAAAUCUAGUUACUA